CACUGACUCGCUGCGAUGCUCGACCCGUCCGUACGUCGCCACCACCAUGGUCUCCGUCUCAGAAGAAGCGAUUCACGCCCGCGCACAGAGGCUCCACGCACACCCUGCCCUCGACACCGUCGAGCGCCUCAUCCUCCAUGAGAAGCGUGGCAACUGCAUCCCCGUCUAUGUCGAACUCCCCGCGGACCUCAUCACCCCAUGCAUGGCCUACCUGCGCAUAGCGAAGGACUCCAAGUACUCCUUCUUGUUUGAGUCCGUCAUUGGGGGCGAGAACGUCGCGCGCUAUUCCUUCAUCGGCGCAGAUCCCCUCAAGGUCAUCAAGACUGGUCCGAACGAGGACAUUAAGGGGGACCCAAUGGGCCCCCUCGAAAAGGAGCUCGCGUUGCACCAGUACAUCAAGAUUCCCGAGAUCCCCACAUUCACUGGCGGCGCGAUCGGCUAUGUCACCUACGACUGUAUUCAGCACUUCGAGCCGAAGACGAAGCGGGACCUCAAGGACACCCUGCACAUCCCUGAAGCCGUCUUCAUGCUCGUCGACACGAUUGUCAUCUACGACCACAUCUACCAGACCAUGCGCGUCGUCUCUCACGUCUUUGCGCCCCCUACCGCUGGCGCGAGCAACCUCUCUUUCAUGUACGACACCGCUGUCGCCAAGGCGCGCCGUCUAGCGAAGGUUAUCCUCAGCGCUGUCACCCCCGAGCCACCACAGCCGCCCAUUAAGCUCGGUAACGAGAGCGUCUCGAAUGUCGGCAAGGCUGGCUACGAGGGCUUCGUCACCACGCUCAAGAAGCACAUCGUCGCCGGCGACAUAAUCCAGGCCGUCCCCUCCCAGCGUCUUGCUCGUCCUACCACCAUCCACCCCUUCAACGUGUACCGCCACCUUCGCCAGAUCAACCCCAGUCCCUACAUGUUCUACAUUGAUUGCGGUGACGAGCAGAUUGUUGGUUCGAGUCCCGAGACGCUCUGCAAGGUGGAGGCAAACACUGUCUUCAACCACGCGAUCGCAGGCACUACACAUCGCGGGCGGACACCCGAGGAGGACGAGGAGCUUGGGAAGACGCUGCUCGCCUCGGAGAAGGACCGCGCGGAGCACAUCAUGCUGGUCGACCUCGCACGAAACGACGUCAACCGCGUGUGCGACCCGAAGACCGUGAAGGUCGACGAGCUCAUGAAGCUCGAGAAGUUCUCGCACGUCAUCCACAUCACCUCGCAGGUUUCGGGUGUCCUGCGGCCAGGACUGACGCGGUUCGACGCCUUCCGGUCGAUCUUCCCGGCGGGCACGGUCUCUGGCGCGCCGAAAAUCAAGGCGAUCGAGAUCGUGUCGUCGCUGGAGCAGGAGCGACGGGGUGUGUAUGCUGGUGCGGUCGGUCGCUGGGACUUCGCCGACGACGCGAUGGACACGUGUAUCGCGAUCCGCACGAUGUUGUUCAAGGACGGCGUCGCAUACCUGCAGGCGGGUGGUGGCAUCGUCUUCGACUCCAACGAGGAGGAGGAGUACAUCGAGACGAUUAACAAGCUCAAAGGCAAUGUACGGGCGCUCGAAGAGGCGGAGAAAUAUUGGUAUGAGAUGCAGCAGGCGGAGGGUGCGACAUCGGCAUGAUAGAGGGUAAUGCGACAUGUACAUAUGUAUACCUCAGGCUGUGGGACUUGAUUAUUUAGAGGCAAGCACAUUUUCGUGAAGGCA